AUGGUCUCCAAGAGCAUCAUCGUCUUCUGCCUUGUGCUCUGCCUGGCCCAGGGGAUUCAGGUGCAGAGAGGAGUAUUCCAGGACAGACCCUCUCUGAUGGCUCAUCCAGGCCCACAUGUGACCUCAGGAGGCAAUGUGACCCUCCUUUGUCAGGUAGCUUCUGACUAUGACGUCUUCCAUCUGUUCAAAGACGGAGCAGAUGCUUUGUCGCAGGACUAUUCCAGUCAGGACAAUCAGGUCUUCUUCCUUUCCUCUGUCACUCGGGCCCACGAGGGCAGCUACACGUGCUACUGUUCUAGAAGGAACAAGCCCCUCCUCUGGUCACUGCCCAGCAAACCUCUUGACCUUUUGGUCACAGAUGCUGCCUUGAAGGACAUUCAACUGGAAGAAUAUCAACAGAUGGACACACAGGUCUCCAAGGCGGAAAAGCCUAGAGAAGUGACCUAUGCCCAGUUGCAGGAAGAAGCCCUUAUUGGAAGGAUGGAGCCACUGUCCUCGUAUUCCCUCCGGGAUGCCUCCAAAGAGCCUUUGCCCCUCCCCAAGCCCUCGCUCCGGGCCUCCCCCAGCACCCUGGUUCCUUUGAAGCAGUCGGUGAUCAUCCAGUGCAAGGGGCCUCAGGAUGUGGGUCUACUGUACCGCCUGGAGAAGCUGCACCCCAAGUCGUAUUCAGACGAGUCGUUCCUCUAUAUCCCCGCCAUGAAGCAGAGUCACGCCGGACAGUACCGCUGUUCCUAUCAGAACGGGAGCGCCUGGUCUCGACCCAGCGACCUGCUGGACCUCAUUGCUACCGGGGUCUACUCCAAGCCCACGCUCUCAGCUUGGCCCAGCACGGCGGUGUCCACCGGGCAGGAUGUGACCCUGCAGUGUCAGGACCCUUACGGCCACCACCACUUCGCUCUGUACAAGGAGGGGGACUCGGGGUCCACCCGGAGCUCUGAUGUGUGGUACCGGGCCAGCUUCCCCAUCAUCACAGUCACAACCGCCCACAGUGGCACCUACCGCUGUUACAGCUUCUCCGGCGACAGGCCCUAUCUGUGGUCACACCCCAGCGAUCCCCUGCAGCUCGUGGUCACAGGAACAUCUGUGACCCCGAGUUUGUCACCCACAGAACCACCUUCUUCUGUACCAGAAUUAUCAGAAAGCUCCAGUAAACUGAUCGUCUCACCUAAGAGGAAGGAAUACACAACUGGGACCUCUAGGAGCGUCACUACCCUUCCAGGAGGGUCAAAUUCUCCAACCGGUCUCGCCCUCCAGAACUACACCAAGAGCAACGUGAUCCGGAUAGCCCUCGGGGCCGCGAUCCUUCUCUUCUUGGUGGGGAUCCUGGCGGAAGAUUGGCACAGCCGGCAGACACUCCUGACCUACAGGGCCAGAGCCAUCCAAAGGCCACUCCCACCACUGCCACAGACCCUGAAACCCCACGUCGGCCUGGUCAAGGGGCAGCCGUAUGGCUACAGUCCCGAGUGCCGCCAUCAGGACCCCAUCUAA